AUGUCCCAGAACAGGAUCUACACCUCGUCGCGCCCGCAGGUGCACCUGUCGGAGAGCUCGCUGUGGCACUACCUCUUCCCGGCGACUUCCAACUUCCACCCCUCGCAGCCCGCCUUCAUCGAGGGCCACACCGGACGGCAGCUGACGCGCGCCGAGGUUGAGGAUGUCGGUCUCCGCGUCAAGACGGGACUGAACCGCCUCGGUCUUCACCGCGGCGACACGGCCUGUCUCUGGGGCCUGAACAGCCUCGAGUGGGUCAAGGCCGGCUACGGCGUCAUGGCGGCUGGCAUGGUUGCGUCCACGGCGAAUGCGUCCUAUGAGGCCAAGGAGAUUGCGCACCAGCUGAACAACUCUGGGUCGACGAUUCUGUUCCUCGACCCCGAGUGCGUGCCGCGGUUUGAGGAGGCGCGGGCGCAGCUCGACUACGACUUCCCCACCGAGCGCGUGUACCUGCUCACGACGCGCGAGAAGAACCACACCAAGUACGGCGUCGUCGACGACCUCGUGCGCGAGCGCGGCGUUGCAGAGGUCUUCUCGGGCAAGGACGUGCACAACACAUGCUGGCUCGGAUACUCUUCCGGCACGACGGGUCUGCCCAAGGGUGUCAAGACGAGCCACCACAACUUUACGAGCCAGCUCUCGAUUGUGCGCCAGGGAUACCAGCCGCUGUCACAGGCGGACGUGCUCCUCGGCUUCGUGCCCCUCACCCACGUCUAUGGCUCGGUUCUCGUCCUGACGCAGCCGUUCUCCGUCGGUUGUACCGCCGUCAUCCUGCCCCGCUUCGACGAGAAGGCCGCCCUCGAGUCUAUCCAGAAGUACAAGGUGACGCACGCGCUCUUCGUCCCGCCCGUCUUCAUCACGCUUGUGCACUCGAAGAUUCUCAAGAACUACGACAUCUCUUCGCUGACCUCCAUCGUCUCUGCCGCUGCGCCGCUGAGCUCCGAGCUCAUCGAGGCGUUUAAGAAGCGCGUCCCGCAGGCGGUUAUCACGCAGGCGUACGGCCUGACCGAGACGUCUCCGCUCAUCACGGCGUUCACGACUGCCGAGGCUGCGGGCCACGACGGACACAUCGGCCCCCUCCUUCCCUCAUGGGAGGCGCGCCUCGUCGACUUGGACGGCAACGACGUCCCCGUCGGCGAGCGCGGCGAGCUCUGGGUCCGCGGCCCCUGCGUCAUGACGGGCUACCACAAGAACCCCGAGGCGACCGCGAAUGCGAUGCACAACGAGUGGUUCAAGACGGGCGACGUCGUCGUCGUGCACCCCGACGGCUUCCUCCAGGUCGUCGACCGCGUCAAGGAGCUCAUCAAGUUCAAGGGCUUCCAGGUGCCCCCCGCCGAGCUCGAGGCGCUCCUCAUCACGCACCCCAAGAUCACCGACGUCGCCGUCCUCGGUCUCUACGACAAGAACCAGGCCACCGAGCUCCCCGCCGCGUUCGUCACGACGGACGAGAAGAUCAACGGUCCCGCCGAUGCUGCAGCCUUCGAUAAGGAGAUCCAGGCCUGGGUCGCGGGCCGCGUCGCUAAGCACAAGCGUCUUGCCGGUGGCGUCCACAUCGUCGACAGCGUGCCCAAGACGCCGUCGGGCAAGAUCCUCCGCCGCUUCCUCCGCGAGAAGGGACAGGCCGACUACGACGCCAAGCUGGCCGCGAGCGGUGUCCAGGCCAAGCUCUAA